UUGGUUAAGGUUAGAGAAAGAUGGUUGGAUAUGAUCAUUACAGACAUAUUGUCUCCAGUAGCAGUUAGCAGACACAGUUUUCAGAGAAAAAGCUCUGAUAAACCAGCUGUACUUUACCUGUCCAGCACCAAAAGGCAAAGCUAGCUACUAGCUGGCGAACAUAGUGGAGCAUUUAGCAGCUAAAUAGCUAAAUAUUUUUCUCAGGAGUUGGUGGAGACUAAAACAGAGCUAAAAGGAGAGUGAAUAUUGGAUUCAUCAGCUGGACAGACACCGAGGCCAUGGAGCGAAGCUGUUAUCAGGGCCAGCAGUGCAGAGGCAGAGCAGGCAUGGGUGGGAGCUCUCUGAACAGGGAGUGCGGCGGGCUGGCUUCUCCCAGGGAGAUAACUUUGUUCUGGGCCAGGAGAGAUGACAUCAUGACGGAUGACGAUGAAGAUGUGGGCGCUGGGGGCAGGAAACGUUAUCUCUUACAAUGGCACCAAGGGGACGGAGACACACACAUAUACACUUAUGGAACACACUACUGCACACUGACACUCUACUCCAGUGAACAGUAGUUACUCCCCAUUGAACACAUGCACAAACACACACACGCUGCUGACAUGCCUACUCAUCCAGUGGGUCUAGGAGGUGGCUGUCAUUUAAAAGGAAAAAUCAGACAGAUAGAGGCCAGGUCACUGUGUGUGACUGCUGUGGUGUUGUCACUUUCUACAGCACAGCUUCUGAGAACUUUUGGGAAAUACACUGACGAAACUGAUCUCAACCAUUCUCAGCGAGGAGUCCAGCUUGUAUUGUUUUCUGCGGUGCAUCAUGUGCUCUCUUCUGAACAUCCUGCUGGCUUUGCUGAGUCGCUUCCUGUUUGCGGUCCACGGGGUGGUGACAGUGUGGCGUGUGGUGGCUGUUAAAGGAGAGCCGCUCUAUUGGCUGCUGCUGACGGGCGUGGCUCUGCUGGGUGUGGAAAUGGCCAUCACACUGAAGUGCACCCGCAACGCAGAAUGGAAAUGGUUCUCCCCCAUGGUUUUCCUCUACCUCAGUACUGUCAUCCCUUCCAUUUGGUUUCUGGAGCUGAGCCUGCUGCAGUCCAAGCUUCCUGUCAACAAUUCCUCAGGCCCUGAACUUCAUUUGCUGGCUCACAUCCCAAUCACAGCGGGCAUCGUGGAGCUGGACCCAGAAAACUGGGUGGCUGGUCUGGAGCAGACCAUGCUCAUAGUGUUGGUUCUUGGUCGCUGGCUGAUGCCCAAGGGGUACAUGUCCCGGGACCAGCUCUCCCAGCUCCUCAUGGUCUACGUUGGACUGGGUGCUGACAUCCUGGACAUCUUCGACACCUUCAGGGAACCCGAGGUCAAAACCAACUGGGCAGUUGUCAUCAUCGGCUUGUCUCUCUUCUCUUGGGCGCUCAUGCAGUUUCCUCUGGUGCUCACUCAGACGCGACCCCCAAAGGGUGGUCACCCCUGCUGCCCUGCCUCUCCAUCCUCAUUCGUCUCCUGCUGCUCCAGUGAAGUGUGGAGCUUGCUGCUCACAGUGGGACUCCAAGAUGGCCCAUUCCUGCUUUACCGACUUUACCUCAUGGUGCAAGAGCAGGUACUCAACCAGCUGAUGAUCUUCUUCACCUGCAAGAACAUCCUCAUCGUCCUCUUGGAGCUUUAUCGAAUCUUUGUGGUGCAGUGCAAGCAGCAGGCCGAGGAAUUGGGGUUGGAGAGGUGUGCUGCUCGGGUGCUCCAGUGUCCAACCCAGAGGGGCAGCGGGGAAGAGGAGAAACAGGAAGAAGAGGGUAGAGAGGAGUGUUGUGCAGAGCAGAGCUGUCAUACAGACACGGACGGGGGGACUGAGAGGGAAGUAGAUCAGAGAGGUGUCCAGGUAGAGAAAGGCUUAAAAUGCCAUGAGGCAUAA